AUGCAUUGGUUAAGGCUCUUAUCAUCCUUGGCACUGUUACCGACAGUCGCCGGAACCGGUACAAGAAACGCCAACAACACUCCAAAGGAGAAUGAUGCUGAUGCUUGUGUUUCGCUCCUGUUCUACAACAGUGCAGACUGUCAAGGCGAACCAGUCCGAUCCAUGACCUUUCCAACAUGGUCCGCAAAACCGGGAGGCCCUUGCUAUCACGACAAAACGAUGCCUAACUACUCUGUGAAAAACCAACGGUGUGAUCUUGCUCGAGGUGCAUUUCACCAGAGCGUCUUCUCCUGCAGCACUAGUUGCGAGACCAAAUGGUACAACCAAUGGUUUUCGCCCGACGAACAGAAGUUUACAGCUGAAAGUUGCUUUCAUGGCAUCAGGCUUGACUACUGCGUGCAAGGACAAUGUCCUUCCAGUGCACAUCAGGCAGAUGAAAGUGCUGUUGUGCCCGUAGUGGUACCUGUGUUGGAAUCAUCCACUCGCUAG